UGGCGCGAGGCAGUGGGACUUUGGGAAUAGAAAACUUCUUGGGAGAAGUUUGUUCUCGCGGAUGAGUUGUUCAAGGUAGUGGUGGUGUGCGCGAGCACCCGCCAUACAUCCAGAAAGUUGCAGUAGAAGAACCCUAGCCGCGGAGGUUAUUCACGUUCCUUGGGUCAGAGCCUAGGCGUGUAAACGUUUUGCAAAAGUUUAACCGGGGGAAUAUCGGUAGCGCGUACCAUUGCCCAGAGCACACGGCGCAAGAUCUUAAACGUAGAACAGGAGAAACGGUGGUGUGUUUUUCAUGGCGAUCAGUUCAUCAGGAAAGUGUCGUACGCUACCACCGAUAUACGAGAUACGACAAAGGUGAAGGUGGUACUUGCCGGACCUGACCUGCCCCGAGAGAAACAUCACGGAACGUAGCUUCUCGUACAUACAUACACACACACACAGUGCGUCACCGCCCAUAUGUGAUGUGUUUCGUGCGUGUGAACGAAUGAGUAAUCAUGUACUGUCAGGACAAGGGCUCGACCGCCUCGAAGAGCAAAGAGGGGUCUGUGACAAUGCGGGAGAAGAAAGGAGGUGCUCUUAGCAGAGUACAAAAGCUGAAAAAACGACUUAGCCACAGUUUUGGGAGACUUUCAAUAUCAAAAGAAGAGGCUGACGAUGUCGCAAACAGGAGUCAACUGCCGUAUAAUGGCUAUUCUGAGGAGUUCCUAGACCGUUUGGAACCAAACGGCAAUAUACCUCCGGAUAAGGAUCGCCGUUACGGUAAGUGGAAAAUUAAUAAAUCGACGAAAUUGGAUGUCAUAGAAUGGACAGGUGUGGGCGACCAUGAGAGAGUGCAUCGGCAGCUUUCCGUUUCUAGUGAUUCCAAACUUCUUGACGAGGAUAUACGCGAAGAAGCAAGAGUUAUCUUGCGACCUCGACGUCCACCACGACCCAAGUCAGAGGUCUUCCUUGGGCCAGAUCCACCUCCUAGAAGAACUAAAAGAUUUUCAGCAUUUGGGGGAGAUUCUCCUUUUGGUAAAUCUGAAGCUUAUGUAAAACUGGAACAAUUAGGAGAAGGGUCAUAUGCCACAGUGUUCAAAGGCUAUAGUCACCUUACAAAUCAAGUGGUGGCACUUAAAGAAAUUAGACUGCAAGAAGAAGAAGGUGUUCCAUUUACUGCCAUUCGCGAGGCAAGCCUUCUUAAAGAAUUGAAGCAUAGCAAUAUUGUAACCUUGCACGAUAUAAUUCAUACGCGCGAGACUCUUACUUUUGUUUUUGAAUACGUUCAUACUGAUUUGUCUCAAUAUAUGGAGAGGUAUGGAAGUGGCAAUAGGGGUUUAGAUACACAAACUGUUAAAUUGUUUUUAUUCCAACUGUUAAGAGGAUUAGCAUAUUGUCAUCGAAGGAGGGUACUGCACAGAGAUGUGAAGCCCCAAAAUUUAUUAAUCAGUGAAAUAGGAGAACUGAAGUUAGCAGAUUUUGGUUUAGCAAGAGCUAAAUCGGUGCCGUCGCAUACGUACUCACACGAAGUUGUGACCCUAUGGUAUAGGCCGCCUGAUGUUCUUUUGGGUUCCACAGAGUAUUCUACCUCGCUUGACAUGUGGGGAGUAGGUUGCAUAUUUAUGGAGAUGUUGACCGGUGUACCAACAUUCCCAGGUGUACGCUGUACGUACGACCAACUUGAUAGAAUAUUCAAAGUAUUGGGUACUCCUACCGAAGAAACUUGGCCUGGCGUUACACAACUGCCAGGAUACAAACCGCAUAGACUGGGAUUCUAUCCUCCACGAAAAUUGGGUUUUUCAUUUGGUAGACUCUACGAUGUUACAUUUGAGAGUAUGGCGACGUCACUUCUACAGCUAAAUCCUGAUCAACGGAUAGGGGCUGAAGAAGCAUUAAGGCAUUCUCUUUUUGACACUCUUCCUAGAAAACUAUAUGAGUUGCCUGACGAAGUAUCGAUAUUUAGUGUUGAAGGUUGUCAUUUAUAUACAGAUUCGAGGCAAGGGUGUGCAGAUUCGCGUCAUACAGCUCUUAAGACUUGAGGUUAAAAGUGAACAUAAAAGAAGUAAAUAAUAAGUAAUUCCCAAAUUCACAUGUUCAGUGAAAAUGUUCAUUUUCAUACAAUUCAGGUUCACACUGGCGGACAUGCCUCCGACUCACUUAAACGUCAUUUCCACGCGCGUCGGUCGCUCUUUCUCAGGGCUGUUCCACAAAUUCCAAUCAUCGUUUCACACAACACUCACGAACACACGCGUACACAUAAUUACGACCUUUCGUUCUUAUUUUCGUGUACCUUUAUUUUCAAAGAUUAUUACACGUAUUAAAUGAAUUAACGAAGAUAAAUUAUUACUGGCAAAGAAAAUACGAAAGUAAGCUAUCUGUGGCUAAAUGAAGUAAAAACGAUUUUAUGAGAUUCGCACGCUCUAUUUAGAAAGCAAAAGCACGCACGACCCAUCCUCGCACUUCGUCCAAAUACUAGAUUUAGAUUGAUACCAAUCAAAAAAGAAAAAAAAAAGAGAAAAAAAAGUACUAUACCGCCUUGCGUCUCUCGAUCCCAGCCUGAGUCAAAUUUGGAGUUGGCGGUUGCUGGUUAGAGAAAAUAUAAUGAAAUAAUUAUAACUUAGAAAAAUUCUGGAAGACCUGUAAUACUUAAUAUAAAUUUUAUGCUGUUUUUUGAGUCUACCGUUGGUUGCUGAGACAAUUGAAUAUAUUGGUAUAUAACGAAAAAUCAUUGUUCGAAUUAAACUAGUUGUUAAUUAUAUGAACGUGAUGAUAGGAAAUAAAUAGGAAACUAAGAAAAUAGGAUAUCAGUAUGGAUCAAGUGUCGUAGCUACCAACAUCGCGAAACACGGCAGGACUUAUCGAGAAACUUAUCGCUGAUAGUAUCGACGGUAGUGAUCUAGUUGUAAGAAUUAAUAUUAGCAUACUAGCGUCGAUUGAAGUUUAUAUCGACAUUACAAAGUAGCAUCUAUCGAUGAUAGUAAGUCAGGAACGAAGUAAUAAUUUUAGACUUAAUCGGAUCCAAUUUGUUCAAUCGCUCGUAUACUAUAAAACAGCCAAUGGUGCUUGAACGAAUUGUAGGAGGGAAAAAAUGUUAAAUGAUUUUGUAUUAGUUAUUUAGAAAUGAUCGUUUGGCGAAUUUUUGGUUUUCGUAUGAUUUUUAUGAAACCACGUAUCUAAAUGAACCAACUUUAAUAAUGUUGCAAUAGUAAUAUAGGAUAAGGUAAAAUGGUGUUACAGUCCUUCCGAGUUUUGUCUAAGCUACGAUUACUACGGUAAUAUUACUCCUUUAAUAGAUACAUUUAUACCGAUUUUUCAACACACUUAUAAAAAUAUCAACGAGGCGAAAGCAAAAAAAAAAAAAAAAUGAAAAAUAUUUCGAAAAAAUUUGACAUGUUAUUACUGCUAUUAUUACUUAUUAAAAAUUAUUAUUUGAGAAAAGACGCGCAGAAGGUAGAUUGUACAUAGAACAACAGGUUCGUAUUAUUGAUGACGCUGAUAUAGCUGAGCUGAGACUAAUAAAUGUGACUUUAUAAUAAAUUAAAGUGUAGUUCGGUACACACUAGACCCUGAUCUUCGUUAGGUUUUCCAUGUGCAACAAAGCUACAGAAUUGUUUAGGUUUUUAAACGUAACAUAAUACAAAAACCACUUGUAUUUGUAAUACUUACUCUGCUUAAGUAUUGAUUUUAUACACGUUUAUUUCCUUAUAAUUAUAUUUUAUUUGUAAUUUUUCUAAGAAAUUAUUGAUAUUCAAAUUGCUUCAAACUUGUACUGAGAAAGAUAAAGAACUAUGUUUUUGAA